UAUGCAACCGUUUGUUAUUGUUAGAAGACAUAAUAUUCAAAACUCAAUGGUGGAUUUUGUUCUCAAAGAAGUGUCUUUACGGUUAAAUGGUACCGAAAUAAAUGGCCGACUUCCUUCAUUCGUUUGUAGAGAAACCGAAGGUCAAGUUUGGGAGAGAAUAAGGCAAAAGUAUGGAUUUGAUUGGGAUGUGUAUUUAAGGAAAGCGGAUGAUGAUCAAUUUUGGGAUUUAGAAGUACGACCGCCAAAUAGUUUUAAUAGUUAUUUAGAAUUGCACUUAAAAGACUACGUAAUCAUAGUUACGGCCUAA